AUGCGAAAUAUCAUCAAGGCGUGGGGUGAUGGGACAGCUUCUGGUCGUGCUACGCGUAGAUUGUUUGGAAAAUUUCGCAACAGCGAUUUCGGUCUCGAAAAUGAGGAAGGUCCAGGUCCCUGUGGACCCUCAGAAGUUGACAACGACCAAUUGAGGGCGAUGAUUGAUAUGAGAAAAGCAACGCAAGAUGUUCCUGAAGAGCUGAACGUAGACCGCUCAACAGUUUUUCGCCAUCUCAAGCAAAUUGGAAAGGUGAAGAAGCUCGACAAGUGGAUUCCGCACGACUAA